AACUGAUUGUGUUUCUGUUACACAAAUGUUCAACGCUUUGCUCAAUGAGAUAAAUCGCCUCGAAACUAAUGUGUAUAGGUUUUGAGCUUUGAUGAGUGAUAAAAGGCAGCGAGCGAGAGUCCAGGGCUCCUGGGCCAAACCUCUUCACAAGCCACAACAGCCAACCGCUCAAGAUGUCCAGUCAGUGUCAGGUUCAUGGAAAUAUGGACCACGAUCAUUUGAGUUCCAUCAGCCAGCUGAUCCCAUCAGAGAGAUUCCUGCGGAGAAAGUGAUCGAAAAUGCCGCUGACUUUCAGAUUAGUCAAGGGCCUACUGGAGUGUCCAGACUGAGACUCAUACCGGGAUUUCUACAGCAGGAGGAGGCUGACUGGGUGUUUAGCAAGCUGCUCGCUGAACUGCCAUGGUCACAAAAGACUAAUUAUAGGAUGAUGGGUGAUGCAUUUGAAUUAGAGGUCAGGGUAGAUUCUGUGUUUGCGGUUCAGGAAGACAAAGGAGACUACACCUAUGUGGAGCGCAUACACAUCCCGUUGACCCACGGGACCCUCCUGCUCAUGGAAGGCUGUACGCAGACGGACUGGCAGCACCAGGUGGCAAAGGAGUACCAUGACCACGGGCCUCGGAUAAACCUCACGUUCCGCACCAUAUACCCAGAGCCAGAGUGUCCCAGUGGGAGAUUUGUGAGGUGAUCACUGGGAGAAGAGAAGAAGAGACCACAGGUUUGACCAGAUCUGGAGAGGUCUGUCUCGUUCACAGUGCACUAGUAUACUGUUAAACACAUAUCCAUUCUGUUCAGUUUAAUUAUUUAUUUACUUGUGAUAGUUCGCUUUUGAUCAAAGACCCUGAACAAUGAUAAGCUUGUCUGGCUAUGAUGGCAUGUUUGUUUACUUAAAUGAUUAUUUUCUCACAGCAAUUGUCCACAAAUUGCUUAUGUUAUAAAUUAAUGUUAUUGGUAUUACUUGUUUACGAUGUUUGGAGAAUAUACGUCAAAAAAGCAGUGCCAA